AAAAAAAAUGACUUUUCAAUCUCUACCAACGACACCGGAAAUUUUGAACCGAAAUGACGUCGAGCGCGCUAAACAAAGCCUCAGAAGACACACUCGAAUCGCGAGCUAAGCGAAGGAUCCUCCGUCGAUUACCGCCACCGUCGACACCCACUGCAAAAUCCGUUAUCGACUUCACUUCGAAUGAUUACCUCUCAUUGUCGGUCUCUCCCCAUCUUCAUAACCAUCUCUUGAGUACUCUCUCUCGUUCAGAAACCAUUUUGGGCUCAGGAGGAUCACGGUUACUCGUCAACCCCGCCACACAUCACGAUCUUGAACUACGAUUAGCAACUUUUUUCCAUCAUACACAGGAAGGAACGUUACUUUUCAACUCAGGGUACGACGCAAAUGUUAGCUUCUUUUCUACCGUGCCUCAGUCUGGGGAUGUUGUCGUUUACGAUGAAUACAUUCAUGCGAGUGUACACGAUGGAAUACGGUCGGGGUGUAGAGCGCAGAGAAGAGUUUCUUUCAGAAAUAAUGACCUGGCGUCGUUAACUUCCGUGUUUGAAGAACUGUUGGACAACGUCGAUGAGAACGGACUGGGGCUGAGGCUGAGGAAUGGAACUUCCUCUCUGUUCUUGGCGGUUGAAUCUGUGUACAGUAUGGACGGGACUUUUGCUCCCUUGAAGGCGAUGGUUCAACUCUUGGAAGGCUUGUUCCCAUGUGGGAAUGCAUAUCUGAUUGUGGACGAAGCUCAUGCAACAGGGUUGUAUGGACCUCAGGGUCGUGGACGCGUUGCGUUGGAAGAACUCGAAGGGCACCCCAAGAUUCUAGCGAGGUUGUGUACGUUUGGGAAGGCUUUAGCUGCUACUGGUGCUGUUAUAAUGACGACCCCACUCGUAGUGAGAUACAUGACGAAUUACGCAAGACCGUUGAUCUACACUACCGCACUAUCCCAUCUCGCUAUUAUCGCUGCAUCAUGUUCAUUCGAUAUGCUAGAAGAUGGGACAGCUGAGGCGCUAGCAGAGCGGGUGUUGGGAAUGAGUCGGUGGUUCUCAAAACAACUCAGAGAACGACUCAUAGAGGAGAAGAUAGGGAUUGAGAUCCUGCGAGUUGGUAUCGAAAAGGUCGAUCAAAGAGAACCGGAAAAGUGGUCCCUACACUUCCACUCCCCAAUCAUACCGUUGUUGACCUCACCCCCGCUUUCCUUAACGGAAACCAAAAGUUAUUCACCGGCCCAUGAUCUCUCGUCCCACCUUCUGGCGAGAUACCGAAUUCUCGCGCGGCCGAUCACUUGGCCUACGGUGGCUAAAGGCCAGGAUAGAGUUCGCAUAUGUUUGCAUGCUGGACAUACGGAGGAACAGGUUGCAGCUUUGGUUGAGGGUGUUGUGGAGUGGGGUAAGAUGAGGGCUAGAGUCGUUCAGGAGGAUAGAGUAUUGUUUAGGACUAGGCUUUGAGAGCGUUCAUAAUAAAUAAAAUUUAUAGUGC